AUGGGAAUCAUCCAUUCUGCCGCGGCAGCAGGCGACUCCAGCGCUCGUUGCAAAGGGAAUGAAAGGGCAGCUCUUCUCAAGCUCAAGCAAGGCCUGAUCGAUCCCAGCGGCCGGCUGUCUUCCUGGGCGGGUGACGACUGCUGCAGAUGGCGAGGCGUUCGCUGCAGCAACCGCACCGGCCAUGUCAUCCAGCUCCGACUGCGCAACCCCUCACCCUCACCUGACGACGACGACAACUUCUUGUCCGGGGAGAUCAGUCCUUCUCUGCCCGAGCUGAAGCACUUGAGCUACCUGGACUUGAGCAGAAACAGAUUCGAUGGAGCAAGCAUCCCACGCUUCAUCGGCUCGCUGACGAGCUUGCGGUACCUGAACCUCUCCGACGCAACCUUCGGCGGCACGAUUCCACAUCAGCUCGGCAACCUUUCUCGCCUGCAGUACCUUGAUCUCCACUGGCUCUCCUUCCCUCCUCGUCCUCUCGUCGUCGAUAACUUCCACCGGAUCUCUCGUCUCUCCUCCUUGAGGUACCUCGACAUGUCCGCCAUUAACAUUUCGGCAGCAGGCGAUUUGUUCGACGAAGUAACCAAGCUCCCGAAGUUGUCAGUGCUGCGCCUUUUCAAUUGCCAGCUACUUCGCCUUCCUAAUACUCUUCCUCCAUCUGCUAACUUCACAUCAUUUACAACCCUGGAUCUUAGCUCAAAUUAUUUGGGUCCUCUACUCCUGGUAGAACGAGAGAACGAAGAAUGA